GUCCUAUAAGACAGCUCACGUUGAGCUCAGACGCUCCACACAGUUGUCUCUUCGAAAAUGGAUGCCAACAUUGUUGUUAUGGGGACAGAAAGCGUCGGGAAAUCAGCGAUUACUGUGCGUCUCUUAACUCGGAGAUUCAUCGGAGAGUAUGGAGAUAUUGAAUCCAUCUACAGUCACAGUUUUGGGAGGGAAUUCACUCUCAAUAUUUGGGAUUCACCUUAUUCUGAGGAUGUGGAGACCUCACUCUUUGAGAAGAAGGUCCAAUGGGCAGACGGCUACGUUCUCGUCUACAGCAUCUGCGACAGGGCCAGUUUCAACUCGGUCAGCAGGCUCAUUCAGACCAUCAAGUCCACGAAAGACUACCUGAGUGCAGAUAAAGUGCCCAUAGUGAUUGUGGGUAACAAGAGGGACCUGCACCACAGACGGACAGUCCUGAGCGAGGAAGGCCGGCUGCUGGCGCUCAACACGGACUGCCACUUCUACGAGGUGUCGGCGGCUGAGAACUACCACAGCGUGCUCAUGGUGUUUCACGGACUGGUGGACAGAAUGAAGGACGCCAAGCUGACCUCAAAGAGGCCUCUGGGGUUCAGGGGCAUAGUGAAAACCAUGUCGGCAGUGUUUGCCAGGAGACGGACAGACUCCUUUUAGUAAGACUAUGCCGGAAGAGGAGUACAUUUUCUACAAAUCUUCAAAAGAGAGGUUACACAUUGUGUGUAUUUGACUGGAUGGAUUACAGUUAAUGAGAAAUAACCAUGUUACUGUGUCAAAGGUAACAAUGAAGUCUCCCGAGAUCAGAGACACUGCGGAGAUGGGAGCUGCUCUUCCUUCAAAUGUGUGGAAAGACUCCAAGGGGGAAAAACAUGGAGGCCAAACAAUGUGAUAUUUGUUUGGGGGGUGACAGAUUUUGAGGUUAACUACACUUCAAGUAACAGGAGACUGAUGAAAUUACAGACUCAUUCAUUAGACAGAUACUUAACAUGUAAGAUACGGUUGUGUGCAAUAUGUUUAAAAUGUGGAUUUAGAGUGGAAGAAAUGAUAUGCACAAAAUGUGCUUUUAUUCACAAUGAUGACCAAAGAAUGGAAGAAAUAUCAAAAGUAAAACUGGAAAAGUCCUGCUCAAGAAUGAAUUGUAUUCUUGAAGUAAAACAUGUGUAUGUAAGUAUAAACACUAUAAAGUUUAAAAAAAAGAAGAAAAGGUUUUCCACUGAAAUGUAUUGUUUGUUUAAACCUUGUCUUACAAGGUUUUAAAUAAAGCAUAAAAUGUGAUUGUGGGGUGUGGUUAGGCUCAGCUGCAGAGUGGGUGGAGCGGGGAUGUGGUUCAGGGAACAG